AUGAAUUCAAGUAUUAAAACGCGUUUACAGGAUUCAUAUCCUGCUACACAAUCCUACACUAAACCACAUGAAUACGUCUACACCACCUUUUCACGAUCCAUCGCAUCCGAAAUUUCAAUUCCAUCUCAAACUACCGCUCACAAUGACGUUACGGAAGUCUUCAAUCAACGCAUUAUCAUUUCGGAUCAAUCUCUUGCGCGACAAAGGAACAUUGAUUCGUUAAAUAACCCGAGAUUGAAACCAUUGUAUUUAUUACAGACACAUAAGCUUAAACCAUUACAUUUGGUGAUAAAACAUCGAGAAAUACUUGACAAGAAAAUUGCAAAUCAACAAGAUAUCAUUCGAAGGAAUAAGUUUCAACAGAUAUUUGAUACACGUCAACGAGAGAAACACCUUUUAGAAAAUUUUCGUGGUCAAGGGUUGAAGGAUGAAAGAAUUUUGAUGAAAUUGGUGUUGUCAAAAUUGAAAAAAGAUGAUUUAAAUGAAAAGGCUGAUGUUAAAAGAAAAGGCAAACAAGUUGAAAUUUGCGAAGGAAAUGAAGAAAAUGAUCUUUCGAAUGAUGACAUUUAUGAAGAUUUGACCAUUUAUGACAUUAUUGAAAUGUUUAAAACGUUAAAUGGAGAUUACAAUUAUGUUAAUUAUAUAAACGAGUGA